AUGAUAAUCUUCAUUUUCCUUGCUAUUGGGCUAUGCUCAGAAAAUGAAUCUACUUCCCAAACCAUUAAUUGCACAUAUUUAAGAGAGCAAUGCUUAAGUGAUGCAAAUGGAUGUAAACAUGCAUGGAGAAUAAUGGAAGUUGCCUGCAAUGUUUCAGAUCCAGGUAAUCCCUGCAAGAUGAAGGAUUCAUCAAGCUGCAACCUGAGCAUCCAAGCCUUAGUGGAAAGGAAUUUCCAGUUUAAAAAUUGUCUCUGCUCUGAUGACCUCUACGGUACUGUUAACAAAUUGCUUGGCAAAAAAUGCAUCAGUGAAUCAGAUAACUCGAAAGAAGAUAAUAAAUUCAUAUGGAAUUUAACUACUCUUCCCUAUCACGGGAUGAAAGGGAUCUGGUCCUGUUUGGAAGUGGCAGAGAUGUGUGUAGGGGAUGUAGUCUGUAAUACACAAUUGGCCCCUUACCUUAAAGCUUGCUCAGCAAAUGGAAAUCUGUGUGAUGUGAAACACUGCCAAGCAGCCAUACGGUUCUUCUAUCAAAAUAUGCCUUUUAACAUUGCCCAGAUGUUGGUUUUUUGUGACUGUGCUCCAUCUGAUAUACCUUGUCAGCAAUCCAAAGAAGCUCUUCACAGCAAGCCAUGUGCAGUGAACAUAGUUCCACCCCCUACUUGCCUCAAUGUAAUUCACAGCUGCCGAAAUGAUGAAUUAUGCAGGAGGCGCUAUAGAACAUUUCAGUCAAAAUGCUGGCAGCAUGUGACUAGAAAGUGCCAUGAAGAUGAGACUUGCAUCAGUACUUUAAGCAAGCAGGAUCUCAUUUGCUCAGGAAGUGAUGCCUGCAAAGCAGCUUACAUUGGUACCCUUGGGACAGUUCUUCAAGUGCAGUGCACCUGUAGAACCAUUACACAAAGUGAAGAAUCUUUGUGCAAGAUUUUUCAGUAUAUGCUUCAUAGAAGAUCAUGUUUCAAUUAUCCAACUCUUUCUAAUGUGAAAGGCAUUUCAUUGCAUAAAAGAAAACAUGCAAAGGAAAUAACUCUAAGUGAAUUUCAUUCCUCCUUCAACGGAGAAGUAAUUUAUGCUGUCAUGUGCAUGGCAGUCACCUGUGGAAUCCUUCUCUUGGUUAUGUUCAAGCUGAGAACCUUCAGAAUAUCAAGUCAAACCAGAGAACCUUCAUCAAUCCAAAUACCUGGAGGACUCAUGAUUCAUUAA